GUGUUGUAUUGAUGCCAAGUCACUAGUAACGCACAAUCGUGUUGGAUUCCUGUACGUCCUCAUUACACCUUAUAUAUUCCACGACGUUUCGUAACAACACGUCUUGUUUGUGUGGUUGAUGUCUUAAUUGGCAUUUCAGUGUUAGACUCGUGGGCCAAGGUCCCGUCUGGAGUAUUGCGCGGGAACGUGAAUCAGCUGGGAGACUACGACCAGUGUGUGGGUGCAGGCGGGCGCUACUGUCUAGCCACGGUGGACCUGCACUUGCCUGUCUCCCUGGCAAGUCUGGACACGCAGCUACACGCUCACUACGCCAUGACCAGCACUGUGCACGAUCCUGGCCACAGACUGCCCAAGUUCUCCCUGGUUCACUGGGGUGUGUGUGUGCCUUCGGUCUGUUCCCCAGGGGACGUGCAGGAGGCGCUAAGACACGUGUUGGGCCUCAGGUCAGAGAUCACAACAACGGUGGGGGUGGAUCCUGACCUCUGCCACCAUGAUGCUGAUCCACCUACUGUUCCCUCUCUGGCCACAAUUAGUGCUUGGGGUUUCUUCAUUGCUGUUGGUCUCCUUUGUUUACUUGGAACAAUCACUGAAUUAAGGAAGACAUGUAAUAAAGAGAAAAAAUAUGUUGGACCAAGCAUGUUUCAGCAGGUGGUGGAUGCGUUCUGUGUGCGUCGUAAUGUGCGCAGGCUCCUGGACACGACAGGUGCACAAGGAGAAGUGAGCGCUCUUAACGGUGUCCGCGCACUCAAUGCUAUGGCUCUGCUCCUCUCCCACAAACAGAUGGCAUUGCUCUUCCUGCCCUUCGUCAAUCGAACACAACUAGCUCAGCUCAUAGGGAGAUCUUGGUCCAUGGUGGGACGUGCAGCUUCACUGUAUACAGACUCAUUCAUCCUGCUCUCCGGACUUCUGACAGCCCUCUCUCUCCUGCGAGAGCUGUCCAGGAGUAACAGGAUCAACCUGGUAGAUUUCGUUCUUAAUAGGUUAAUUAGGUUGACCCCAAGUCUGGCAGCACUUGUGGUAUUCUGUACAUUUGUGUUGCCGGGUCUUGGGUCGGGUCCGUUGUGGGGUCUCCUCGUCUCCAAGUACGCCACCCUCUGCCAGCAGCACUGGUGGCGCAACCUACUCUUCAUCCAUAACUACUACCCCUUCGACCAGAUGUGCCUGACCCACAGCCAUCAGGUGGCUAUAGACAUGCAGCUGUAUCUCACUGCUCCCCUGCUCGUGUUCCCCCUGUGGUGGCGACCUCGGUUGGGUCUCCCACUACUCCUGGGGGUUGCUGUCUGGUCUUCUCUGCUGCGAUACUCGGUCGUACUCUCGGAGCAACUCAGCACCAUUGUCUACUUUGGCAUACCCCUCUCCCAGCUGUUCAGGACUGCUCAGAAGACCUACAUCCUGCCCAGCCACAGAGCCACAGUGUACUGUCUCGGUGUGGUCCUCGGAUACAUCAUCCACUGCCAACACAGUGUCCCAUUGUCUCGAGUGACUGCAGCUGCAGGGUGGGUGGUGAGUGUAGCUUGUGGUCUCCUUGCUAUAUUUGCUCCCUACCACAUGUCUUGGCCGGGUUAUGUAUACGACGUUCAGGAAGCAGCUUUGUACAACAUGUUAGCUCCCGUAUCCUGGUCUAUCUUUGUUGGAUGGGUUAUUUUUUCUUCUCAUUAUGGAUGUGCAGGGUGGUUCGGGCGUCUGCUCACCUGGAGAUGGUUCGUUGUGUUUACUCGUCUCUCAUAUGCUGUCUAUCUCACGCAGUUCCCUAUAUUCUUCUACAACGUGGGUCAGGCCAGAGUUGCUCAGCAAUACUCCAUCUUCAGAUUGCUGGAUUUGCCUGAGUACAUCGCAGUCCUUCUAGCGUCUGCAGUGUUAACUGUGAUGUUUGAUCUGCCUGCACAGAACUUAAAGAAAGCCUUCCUUUCAUCUUCAAAAGAUGCUGCCAUAAAUACACAAAAUGAAGAAGAGAAGAAAACUAUGGGGAAAAUGGUCGAUAGUUCUCCAGAAAAGAUUGCUAAGAAGAGAUUGCCUGGAUAAAUGUAAAUACUAUUCCAUUUGCAUUCUGUAGAAUGCCUGCUGUGAUAGGCUGAAAUAAAGCACAAUGCCUGCUGUGAUAGGCUGAAAUAAAGCACAAUGUUCUCAUUACUUGUUUGCAUAGAUAGGUUAUGUUUGUUAGGUUAAGGAACUGUAUUUAUAUGUACAUAAUAUUUGUAUUUACUGUCUUACAAUUAAUGAUUUAAUGUGAUUACAAUAUUUUUACAAAAAUUGCACAAGGAUACUUACUCUGUUGUUUGCCCCAAAGUUGAUUCACAGACCUAAGGAUGCAUUUCUCCAUCACCUUUCUUCCCAACACCUGUGAGUGGAGUGGAAGGUUCUUGACUUGAUUCACUCCUUAAAGCCAAAGACCUCGGCUGGAGUUGAUAAUGUUUUAUAAAAAUUGCUUGACCUGCGUUCUAAUUUACUGAUUAAUCUCCUUGCUUGUUCAUUUAAUAAAUGGAUCUUUUGAAACUGGGAAAUCCCUGAUUAUCUGAAGCUUUCAAUCACGAGGCCUUUAAAUUUUAAAGGAGCAGAAAACACUCUGCGGUUGAUGUAUUUUUUUAUAUUUUAAAGGCUUUUGUCCUACUUAAUACAAAAACAAAUGCUUCAAAUUUUUUCAGAUUAUUAUAAACCUGAAAUAAUACAGCUUUAUGGAUAGGCUUAUUAUUUUAGGCAUAUCUCAUGGUUCCAUCUUAUACCCCUCAUUAUUCAUUCUUUAUGUAAAUGACUUACACCCUUGUGCUACAAGAGCUAAUAUAUAUCUUUUUGGAAAUACAAUCUGUUUUUACAUCACACCAUUGUUCUAAUGCACCAAAGAUAACCUAUGUUGAAUCAAGCAAUAUUGUGUAGCGGUUCAAUGAUCUUUUUUGUGUAAACUAUGGUAAAACAACAAAUAUUUGAAUUUUUUAUUGGUUGCAAAGUAUGAUAAUUCCAUAAAAUAAAGUAGUUUUUAUGACUUCAAUCCAACAAAAAUUUUUAAUUUCUUUUUCCUAUUUAUAAUUUUGUACCUUGCUUGUCUUCAAGAGUAUUUGUAAUGUGAAGCUUAUCAGCAUUAGCUACUAUGAAUAUUAAUCUUUCUGCAUAGACUGACAUGUUUUAAUGUACCCAUAUCUCUCAAAUGCAGUAAUAAUUUAAAGAUCAUAAAACGUUUACUAAAAAGCUCUUUUUUAUCAAAAAAGGCUGUAUGAGACAUGGCUGAAAUUGGAAAAACUCAUUAUUAGUUGGGGAGGUUAAGUGGUAGAGAGGACUUUUAAGUCCUAACUUCGCCUCUGUAAAUAAAGUCAUUUUUCAUUUCAUUUCAUUUCAUUAUCUUAUGCUCACUGUUUCAAACUUUUAAAACCGCUUAACUUCCAUCAAUUUUCAUUUUGGAGUCAACAAAAUUUGUAAAGAGAAUCAGCACAUUAUCAGGGCUCAUUAUCCUUAUAUAUCAAAACCAGAAACAAGUUGAAUUGUAAUAUACCAUCUGAUAAAACUUGCUUUUUCAAUAACAUAGUCUCUUUAACCAUUAAGCUUUUCAAUGCCUUGCCCAGUUCCCUCAAAAAUUAAAAUGACAAUAAAAUGUUCCUAAGUGAAAUAUACAUAUGAUUGCAAUAGAUAAUAAUUAAUUGUUUUUAUUGUGUUAUGGAUUUUCAUAAAAAAAGUAUGUUUGGUUUUAGAUCCAUUUUUUAACUAUCUUUAUAGUGAUAUAUGUUAAUACAACACUGUUUAUUUUUGUUAACAAUAAACAAAUUUAAUUCUUAAAAAUUAACACAGAAAUAGAUAAACAUUUAAAAAUCCU